AUGAACAAGGACAAGGUAUAUGUUUAUAUGAAGACACAGACAUUUUGAUACUUUAUAAAUAUUCAUUCCAUCAAAGCAUGUGGUAACAUUGUAACAAACAGGUCUACAUAAAUAUAAUCUGGUUUAUAUAUACAUGCAUGAAUCGUGAUGCACCUACACAUAUUUUAAAAAUUGCAAAUUUUGUAAUAUAUAAACAAUUUAUUUGAACUAGUUCAGACAGAACAGCGAAAGUCUGGUCUGCGAUGAGCAUCAGAAACACAGGCAGAAGGCCAUAGAAAAAAAGAAGAAAAAAUUAAAAAGAAAGAGAAGUCUGAGAAGGCACCUUCAAGAAAAGAUGUUAAAGGAAAAAAUAAAAAAAGAGUACGAAGACACAGAGAUAGAUGACGAGGUGGACUCGGCCGAAAAGAAGACUGCAGGACAGACUACUAGAGAGAACACUGAGGACAGACUGUAUACUCUACAACGACAGAAUGCUAUGUCACAUUCUGAAAUAAAAGCUUUACUCCAGCGCUAA